AGAAAGGAGACCAUGUGUUCACGUGUGGGACCGUGAGCGGUGGAUACGCCGAGUACACCAUCGCUGCUGGAGACACCGUUUACCCGUUACCGAACAGUCUGAGCUACAAGCAAGGGUCAGCGAUCGGCACACCGUACUUCACCGCCUACCGAGCCCUCAUGCAAAAAGGCCAGGCCAAGGCAGGAGAGACCGUCCUGGUCCACGGGGCCAGCGGAGGGGUGGGGACGGCAACGUGUCAGAUCGCCAGAGCACUGGGCAUGAAGGUUCUGGGCACGGCUGGCACACCAGAGGGCAUGCGUCUGGUGGAGAAGAGCGGGGCGCACAGGGCCUUCAACCACCGACAAAUAGGGUACACCGACAUCAUAGAGAGUUACACCGGGAGUGCUGGAGUCAACGUCAUCAUCGAGAUGUUAUCCAACGUCAACCUGGCCAGGGAUCUGCGGCUGCUCUCGGUGGCCGGUAGAGUGGUGAUUGUGGGCUGUCGGGGCAGCAUUGAGAUUAAUCCCAGAGAAACCAUGGCCAAGGAGAGCAGCAUCAUUGGUAUUUCGCUCAGUUCAGCAACCAAGAAGGAGCUGCAGGAGACGGUGGCUACACUGUUGGCGGGGAUGGAGGUGGGCUGGCUGCGGCCAGUGGUGGGGUCCGAGUUCCCACUGGACCAGGCCGACCGGACCCACGAGCUGAUCAUGCAGGGGGGGGCGUUGGGCAAGAUGAUCCUCACCAUCUGACCCACAGGCUGUGUGGGGAGAGGAGGCAACUCACUGGGACAAGCGGCACCAUGCGUGGAACAGCACAGCCACAGGCCAUUCGGCCCACAUGAUGCCAAGUUCAACUCUUCUCUUCUGCCCCAUAAAUGAUUGGAGCAGAAAUAGGUCACUCAGCCCAUCGAGUCUACUCCAGCAUUCAAUCGUGGCUGAUCUAUCUCUCCCUCCUAACCCCAUUCUCCUGCCUUCUCCCCAUUCAUCCAUAUCCCUCCAUUCCCUGCAUAUCCAUGUGCCAAUCUAAAAGCCUCUUAAACACCACUAUCUGCCCCCACCCCCACCCCUGGCAGCCCCCACCCCC